CCGACACUGAUAUUUUUACACAGAAGAGUACCGGAUUUCAAAAGCUACCUGUUUUUCUUCCUUUUGUCUCCAUUUUUGUCAAAACGAAGACAAGAGCCACUGGAUCUCUAAAUCUUUGUCGUCAAAUUUGAAAUAUUCUUCUGUUUAAUUCUUCUCCUGACAAAAAGGAGCUGAAUCAAAGUAUUUAAGAACAAGAGUCUUUUUUUGGUGUUUGGUAACUUUUUUUUCUGCGGAGGGAGGCAUUAUGGGAUAUCUGAAUUCUGUAUUGUCAUCUUCGAGCCAAUAUCAUGCCGGCGAUGGACCUGUCAGCGGCGGCGGCCUCAGUCAGAAUGGGAAGUUCAGCUAUGGAUAUGCAAGCUCUCCUGGUAAAAGAUCUUCAAUGGAGGACUUUUAUGAGACUAGAAUCGAUGGCGUUGAUGGGGAGAUUGUUGGUCUUUUUGGAGUCUUUGAUGGGCACGGAGGUGCACGUGCAGCUGAAUAUGUGAAGCAAAAUCUAUUCAGUAACCUCAUCAGGCAUCCCAAGUUCAUCUCUGACACUACGACAGCAAUAGCUGAUGCGUAUAAACAAACAGAUUCUGAGUUUCUUAACUCAGAAAAUACUCAGAACAGAGAUGCUGGUUCAACGGCGUCAACAGCCAUAUUAGUUGGUGAUCGUUUACUUGUUGCAAAUGUAGGGGACUCUAGAGCUGUUAUAUGCAGAGGUGGAAGUGCUAUUGCUGUAUCCCGAGACCACAAGCCUGAUCAAAGUGAUGAGCGCCAAAGAAUUGAGGAUGCGGGAGGAUUUGUCAUGUGGGCUGGAACAUGGAGAGUUGGAGGAGUUCUUGCUGUUUCUCGUGCAUUUGGAGAUAGGUUAUUGAAACAGUACGUUGUUGCUGAUCCGGAGAUACAGGAGGAAAAAGUUGAUAGCUCUCUGGAGUUUCUCAUUCUUGCAAGUGAUGGUCUCUGGGACGUCGUAUCUAACGAGGAAGCCGUAGGAAUGAUUAAGGUGAUUGAAGAUCCCGAGGAAGGUGCAAGAAGACUGAUGACGGAAGCUUACCAAAGAGGUAGUGCAGAUAACAUAACUUGUGUCGUUGUACGUUUCUUUUCAGACCAAACAGGAGUAGGUUCCAGCAGCAACGGUAUUAUACCAGACAAAAACUCCGGUGACUAA